CAGUGUGAAACUGUCAUUAUAUAUACAAGUAUAAGGAUUUGGUCAAAACCAUUUGCCCCUCAGAAAAGUUGUUUCAAAGCUGUUUUUGUAUACAAGAAGCAAUUCAUUCAUGCACAAGACUUGAGCCGAACGCCAGGGCCUAGUAGGCCAGUAGCUAGAACGUCCCUCUUAAAGCUUCCUUAUUAUAUAUAUACGCUUCUUCUGUUCCGGCAUUUUCCAUCCCAUCAUUCUUAGAAAGCAUUGAAUACAUACACAAGGAGAAGAGGAAAUUGCCGUACAGCAAAAAAGAUGGCUAGAAGAAAGUCCUAUGUCUUAGUGGCUUUCCUUUUUGUGUUGCUUGCCAUGCAAAUGGCUAUCUUUGUUCAAGCCGACGACAAUGGAAAGGGCGAUGGCGGUAAGAAAGGAAACGACAAUGGAAACAACAAAGGUAACGGUGGGAAUAACAAAGGCAACAAGGAUGGAGACAAGGGCAAGGACAAGGACAAGGGCAAGGACAAGGGCAAGGACAAGGGCAAGGGCAAGGACAAGAAUAAGGAUGCUUCAACCGACUAUAAGAUGUUGGAGAGUUCGGCAUCUGGACAAGAACGAGCGAAGUGCAAGAAAAGCGGAAAAUGUAAGUCCAAGACACUUACAUGCCCUGCAGAAUGCCCUCAUAGAAAGCCUAAGAACAACAAGAAGAAGAAAGGUUGUUACGUUGACUGUAACAGCAAGUGUGAAGUCACUUGCAAGUAUAGAAAACCAAACUGCAAUGGAUAUGGCUCUCUCUGCUACGAUCCACGCUUUGUUGGCGGUGACGGUGUGAUGUUCUACUUCCAUGGAGCUAAAGGAGGAGAUUUCGCUAUUGUUUCAGAUGAGAACCUCCAAAUAAAUGCACACUUUAUUGGUUUAAGACCACAAGGACGGACCCGGGACUUCACAUGGGUUCAGGCGCUUUCUGUCAUGUUCGACACACACACUCUUGUUAUCUCCGCAAAGAGAGUCUCACGCUGGGACGACCGUGUCGACGCUCUGAUGGUGAAGUGGGAUGGGGAAUCAGUGAACGUUCCUACUGAUGGAGAGGCUGAAUGGAGGGCUUAUUGCGAGGAGCGACAAGUGGUGGUGGAAAGAACAGAUGAUUUCAACUGCGUUAGAGUGACAGUGGGUGGCCUAGUGGAGAUGGACAUAAAAGUGAGGCCUAUUGGGGAACAGGAAAACAGGGUUCACAACUACCAAAUACCAUCUGAUGACACUUUUGCUCAUUUGGAGACACAGUUCAGGUUCAACAAUCUGUCUGAUCUUGUUGAAGGAGUUUUGGGAAAGACUUACAGGCCAGGGUAUGUGAGCCCUGUCAAGAUUGGAGUUCCCAUGCCAAUGAUGGGUGGGGAGGACAAGUACCAAACCCCAUCUCUCUAUUCUCCGAUCUGCAAUGCCUGCAGGUUCCAAAGGCCAUCUGGGUCUGCUACCAAUGGUGGAGUUGCUCAAUACUGA